AUGAACCCAAUUAAAGAAAAUACUGCUUCACGUGAACAUUCGAUUGAACCUGUAACUACUCAUACUCGUAAUAAAAUAGUAUUACGAGCGAAUAGAUCUACUACACAUAAACCUCGUAGUUCUAGCGGUGGGGGUGGUGGUUCUAAUAGAACAUAUAAUAAGCGAGCUAGCAAGAAAAAUAAGCUUAUAAAGACAUCAAAAACGCGGAAUAAAAAUAAAGAAAUUAUUAGUACAUCAAAAGAAGUAAACGAGAGUCGAAUAAUUCCUGUUGAGGAACCUCCGAGAGAAGAACUACCUUACGAUAGAUUUUUUCCUGAUUUAAAAUUGGAUGAAAAAUUAGUUGUAGUUUAUGUUUCUUCUAAAGAUCUCAUAGGGGAUCAAGAAGAGGAAAAGGAAGUUGAGACGACAAUAAAGAAAGAAGAGCAUGAUGAAAUAGCAGCUAGAAAUGAAAAAAGUGCAGUACAAACUCAGGAAUAUGGUGAUGUGAGUGAUCAGUCAAUUGUUAUUGAAAAUAAUAUGACAAUUUCUGCCUCAACAACUGAACAGGCUAAAAUUGAAGAAAUUAAAACAACUAUUGUACUUUCGAACAAUAAUCAUCAGGAAAAUUACAUUCAAGAAGUCUUAAGCAAUACGCAUUCCAUUAAGGGUUCUGGAUGUUCUCAAGAUUCAUUUGCAUCAUUAUCAAAGAAUUUUGAAGAAACGUCCACACCUAAAGAUUCUGAAGAGAUUUUGUCAUCAAAAGAUCUGAAUGAAGAAAUGAGUGAAGAAACUCCAAGUCCAAAAAUUUCAUCCCCAAAAUUGUCAAUAGAGAAACCUUUUCGUAAAAGUACAAAAGAUGACCAUGAUGAUGAUACCGCGAGUUUUAAGGCUUCAUCUCAUGAUGAUAUGGAUGAAGAAACUAUUGACGAAGAUGAACAGGAGGAAAUGCAAAUAGAGUUAGAGAAUAGCAUGAAAUUACCGAGUAUUAAUUAUGACAUUACGGUAGAAAAUAAAUCACUUGAUAAGGAAAUGGAUUGGAUAUUUACAAACCCAAUAGUAGCAGCUGAUGAUCAUAACUUGGUAGAAAAUGGAGUAAAAAAAGAUCAAGUCAUUGUGGAAGGCCCUUCUACGGCUAUUAUUACAACAAUGGAAGAUAAUAUGCCAAUUGCACAACCGCCUCCAGUUAAAAAACUUCCGGUUCCUUCCUUUAAGAGAAUCAAUUUCACUAAAGAGGAACCCAAUGAAGCAUUUGUUAGACCAGAAGGACAUUAUAUUCGUCAUGUUGAAUUAUCAGAAAAGGAUCUUGUGGAAAUUGUUGAAUAUGAUAUGGAUGAACAAGGCACUCAUAUAUAUUAUUAUGAUUAUUGGUUAAAGGCCUUAAAUGAAGAAAGAAGGAAGGAAGACUUAGGUGAAAUUUCCGCUGAUGUCUUUGAAGCUGUUAUUGAUAGACUGGAAAAAGAAUGGUUCGAUUUGACCAAAAAUUUACCGAAAGGUAACACAGACAAAGAUAGUAUGACUCCAGAGGAUUCAACUUGUGCAAUUUGUGAUGAUGGAGAAUGUGAAAACAGCAAUGCGAUAGUAUUUUGUGAUGGGUGCAAUCUUGCUGUACAUCAAGAUUGCUAUGGAAUUCCUUAUAUUCCUGAAGGGCAAUGGUUAUGCCGUAAAUGUAUAGUUUCUCCAGAGACACCAGUGUCGUGUAUAUUUUGCCCAAAUGAAGGAGGUGCCUUCAAAAAAACUAAUACAAAUCGUUGGGCGCAUUUACUUUGUGCUUUAUGGAUUCCUGAAGUGGGAUUGUCAAAUACGGUAUAUAUGGAACCGAUCGAUAACAUAGAGGGAAUUCCACGAGGUCGAUGGAAAUUGAAAUGUUACAUUUGUGAAAAGAGAAUGGGCGCAUGUAUACAAUGUCAAAAUACACAUUGCUGUACAGCCUUCCAUGUAACAUGUGCAAGAAAGGCGAAACUUUGUAUGAGAAUGAAAUUCCCUGACGAAAAUCAUAAUCAUUAUAUUAUGAAAGCUUAUUGUGAUAAACACACACCUAGAGAUUAUAGAGAACACAUUGACGUUGCAAAUACAGUUGCAACGGCUCAAAAAUUAUUAAUGGAUCCCGUUCAAACAGGAAAGAGACGACGACAUGACAUCGACUAUGGAACUGAUGAAUCCGACGAUUAUGUUCCAAGUGAUAGCGACGAAGAAGAUAUGGAAGAUCAAUACAUAGAUAAAACAGAAAUAUCCCAUUCACGUAAAACAAGGAAACGCAAACAAACGGAUGAUGUAACAAGUAACCGGAAAACGAAUAAAGCUCUACGUAGCAUUGAAAAUGGGCAAGUUGCUCAAUCUGUUGAGAAUAAGAAUUCUAAAGCUGCCCGAGCGUACAAUCAUACUUACACUGAUACUGCGCCUGUAGCACCUGCGGUUAUAAUGGAGAAGUUAUUACCUGUGUUUGCAAGACAAAAAGGCACAAUGCGAAAAAAGCCGGAGCUUAUUACCAUAAUUUGUAAAUAUUGGUCUUUAAAGAGAGAAUUUCGACGAGGAGCUCCUUUAUUGAAAAGAUUACACCUUGAGCCAUGGACUGCCUCUGCUUCCGCUCACAAACAAUCAGAGGAAGAAAAAUGGGCCAAAUAUAUGGCAAUGACUGACCUUCGUAAAGAUUUGGAAAAAGUAAGAAUGUUAGUAGAUUUGGUGCAUAGGCGUGAAAAGGAAAAAUUAAAGAAAACAAGAUUACAAGUGAAAUAUCUGGAGACAAUUCUUUUCCCUCUUGAUUAUAUUCUUCGUCCUACAUUAGAAGAAAUUGUGGCAUUAGAUAAAAACGAAAUAUUUGCAAAACCAGUGUCCAUUGAAGAAGUCCCUGAUUAUUUAAUACACAUUACACAUCCAAUGGACUUUGGGACAAUGCGCAAAAAGAUUGAUGCACAUGAAUAUAGCCUUGGUAAUGGAUUGCAAGGAUUCAAGGAUGAUCUUGAACUUGUAUUUCGUAAUGCCAUGACAUACAAUACUUCUGAUACUAUUUAUUAUCGAGUUGCUAAAAAAUUACAAAUUCAAUCACAAUCCAUUGUUGCUAAUGCUGAGCAAGAUUAUUCUGGCCUAAAUAUAGAUCCUAAAAAAGGUGUUUUGGACGUUCCAUUGCAUCCAGAAAUAUUCACUUAUAAUGUAGAUCCGCUAAAAUUUCCGGAACCAAAAAAGAAGAUUGUACCAAAGAGAAACAAAAAGACUCGUGGAAGAUCAGCACUUGGUAACGCAACAGAAAAUGGCGAAGGUCCAUCACGCGUUUUACGUAGCCUUCCUGUCGUUGAUGACGAUAAGGUGAUUGCUACGCGAACAAGGUCUCGUAAAAGCAGUGUAUCAGAAAUGAUAAUAAAGACUGAAGAUGACGAAACUGAAAUGUCAGUCGAACCAUUAGAAGUUAGACGCAGUCGAUCUAAUAGUCAAAAUAUGAGCGAGGCUGCAUUAAUAACUAGUCCAAGUGAAUUAAAUUCGGAAUUUACUGUACAAACUCGUAGCCGAAAAGGAUCAAUUGAUUCAUCAACUGCAGAAAUUACGAACAUUCCGUUCGGUAGCUUGGUUUGGGCAAAGAUGCAGGGAUUUCCUUGGUAUCCUGCUGAGGUUGCAGAUCCAGAAAAAGCGAAUAUUACAUCAGUAAUCCGGGCAGACAAAAAAGAAGGUGACACAUACUUAGUCCAUUUCUUUGACGAAAGAAACCUCGGAAAGAAGAAUUAUAAGCGUAGUUGGAAAUGGGUUCCAGCAAACAAAGUAAUUCUUAUGGGAGAUCAAAAGACAGAUUUGGCUAAAUUAAAAGAUAGAGGAAUGAAAAAUAAAAUGAAACGAGAAAUUCCGAAUGCAUACGAAGCUGCUUGUAAAUCAAAAGGAAUCGAACCAGUCCUAUUAGAACAAUUUACAAAAACUAUAGCAGUGCCAAUAAGAAGAAACAGUCGUAAUAAAUAG